UUAAGAAUUUAAGAAUGGCCACACCAGCAUUAAAAGAUUUACCAAAAGUUGAUGUUGACUUGAAGAGUCAACUUGAAUCAUUCUCACCAACAGCACUCAAGAGUGCAAGCACUGAGGAAAAGUGCUUACUUCCAACAGCCGAAGAUGUUAAAAUGGAAAAAGUUCAACAACUUGUUUCCGGUAUCGAAGGUUUUGAUUCCACUAAAUUGAGACAUGCGGAAACGCAGGAGAAGAAUUCAUUGCCUGAUAAAGAUGCAAUUCAACAAGAAAAGUCUCAACACGAUUUUAUUAAUGGCAUUGAACAUUUCAAUAGAGAUUCCUUAAAACAUGCUGAAACACAGGAAAAGAAUCCAUUGCCAACCAAAGAAGUUAUUGAUCAGGAAAAGGCUGCUUAAACAGUCAAACGCAUCAUAUUUUUUUAAUGUAUUCUUUUAUUUUAAAAGUGAAAAAAAGCUCAGCUGUGUCAAAAAUUAAUAAGAAAAGCAUUAAAAUUGUCCUUCCAUUCUUUUUUAAAGCUGCUGAGUGCACAUAUUGUAUUCUUUCUAUGUAUUAUGAGGAACUGAAGUUGAUUGUUAGGUCUAUAAAAGGAAUUGAAUAUAUUAUGAUUCCUAGUGAGUCGUGGUAGCGUGACUUACAAUUAUAAGCUUUUAAAAAUAUGAACCAUACAAAAUCCAAUGAUCAGGAACAUUUGUGUGGUUCUUGAUUGUGUUCGAAUAGAUUUGAAGAGUUUUUAAGCUUCAAUCUAUUUAACCAACUUCACUUCCGAAAAAUCUUGAUAAGCUUCAGUCCACAAUUGUCUUAAUUUUCAUUUAAUAUAUAAUUUUAAAAUUUUUUAACCAUCAUACCUAAUUAAUUGUUAAAUUGUAUCAAAUAUGCAUUUUCCAUACCACAUACAUAAUAUACAUUUUAGAAUUGAAAAUUUUAAGAAUGAAUAAAAUUCAAUUGGAUUUAAAAAUACACAUAAAUGUAAUGAUAAUAUCUAAUCCUUUGAAAAAAUGUUUAUCAAAUGAAUUGGCUUUAAAGCAAAAAGCGCCGAAAUUUAUAUUUUUGUAUACUGAAAAUCUUUAUGGAUGUGUCCCAUCUUUCCGAAAAUUCAUCUUUAUUUCCAUUAAUUAAGAUUAUUGAGCAUAAAUUUUAACUCUUUAUAAGCACUAAUCAUAUUAGUUAUCAGUAAAUAAACAUUUGUGUCAAUUUUAUAAAGAGAAACGAAAAUUCCUUUUUUGACUCUAUUGUUAAAGAUUUGGUUGGUUCUAGUUCUUUGAUUUAAGGUAUUCUCGAUUUGAUUCUUCAGAUUAAGAAUUCAAAUUCCACAAGAUCAAUAUCAUUUUGCUCAAUUUCAUACCAACACACUUGAGCUUUAAUCAACCAAAUCAUUUUCAAUACUCAAUAAUGAAUACAGUUUGUGAUUUGUCGCCAGGAAAACAAAAUGAAUUGAAAUGUGAAAGAUAUUUUUGAUAUAAGUUAAAUUGCGUCCAAUCAAUUGAAUUAAAUUCAGUUUUUAACUUAACGAAUAAAGGAAAAGAUGCAUUCAGAUUUUAAUUAGGUGCUUUGAGCAAACAUUUUUGAAAAUAAGAAAAUUUUAAUGUCAAAAUGGAUGGAAAUCCAGGAAUUAAAUUAUUUAAUUUUUUGAGC